GCCAUCACUAGAGGUCACAAUUGGGCAACACUUUUUGUUUACUUUCGCCAAAGUUUAAACUUUUCGGUGAUUUCUGAGCGGUGAAGUGAAUGUUCAGCUGCGGCGUGACUUGUGCAAGGAUCGGGAAAGGAUAUUGGAACUGGAUAGUUCGCAGAACUUUUCAAGAGGGUGUGUAUGUAUGUGUGUGAGGGUGUAUGUAUAUGUGAGCAAGGAUUGCCCGGAGCCUUACAACAAAAAUCAACAAAAAAUACAAGAAAAUCAACAAAAAGUUGAAGGUGAAAAAUCCAAAACGGGAUUUAAAUACUAAAAGCAAUGAGGUGAGCUGAGGAAGGAGCAAGGAUACUCUUUGGCAACGAUUCGAAUUCACAACGAUUCCUGAUACUGAUACUGAUACUAUGUAGUACAGUGGAACCCUAUUUAUCUAUCAUCAACGAACAACAACAACAACACCGAGGUGCCCUUAGACAAUCUGUAUAUCUACCACAGGAUUCUACAAACUAAUUAAACGAAAUUGAUAACUGCCGAUUUUUGAACUGACAAUAAAAACAAAAAAAUAAAAGAAACGCAACAACAAGGAUAACAAAUAAAACCAAGGAACCAACUAAAAAAAAAAAAACAGUGAAAUUUAAUUAAAUUAUUUGUAAAAAAAACAAUAAAAAAAAACUCGAUAUGGGACGCAAAGUUACGGUGGCUGUGUCCACAUUGAAUCAAUGGGCCCUGGAUUUUGAGGGCAACAUGGCCAGGAUACUGCAGUCCAUACUGGAGGCCAAGGAUAUGGGGGCCAGCUAUAGGACAGGACCCGAGUUGGAGGUUUGUGGCUAUAGCUGCGAGGAUCAUUUCCGAGAGCCGGACACAUUCCUGCACUCCUGGGAAGUGCUCCUGGAGGUCAUGAUGUCGCCCAUUUGUGAGAACAUGCUGGUGGACGUGGGAAUGCCGGUGAUGCAUCGCAAUGUGGCCUACAACUGUCGGGUGGCGUUCUUUAAUCGCCAGCUGCUCCUCAUCCGGCCCAAGAUGGCCAUGUGCGAUGAUGGCAAUUAUCGGGAGUCACGCUGGUUCACCGCCUGGACAAAGGCAUUGCAAACGGAGGAGUUUGUCUUGCCGCGAAUGAUUGCCCAGCACACAGGGCAGCAGACGGUGCCGUUCGGGGAUGCGGUGAUCGCCACCAGGGACACAUGCCUGGGCUACGAGAUCUGCGAGGAGCUGUGGAAUGUGCGAAGCAAGCACAUCGAGAUGUCGCUGGCAGGAGUGGAGCUGAUAGUGAACAGCUCGGGUAGUUAUAUGGAGCUGAGGAAGGCCCACAUCACCACCGAUCUCAUCCGAAACGCCAGCUUCAAGGCGGGAGGAGCCUACCUCUUCAGCAAUCUGCGCGGAUGCGACGGCCAGCGGGUCUACUUUAACGGCUGUUCGGCCAUCGCCCUCAACGGAGAGCUCCUGGCAAGGGGCCAGCAGUUCGCGCUGCAGGAUGUGGAGGUCACCCUGGCCACAAUUGAUCUGGAGGAGAUCAGAGCCUAUAGGGUUAGCCUGCGAUCGAGAUGCUCGGCCGCCGCCGGGGCAGCAAAUUAUCCCAGGAUUCAUUGCGACUUCGAGAUGUCAACCCACAGUGAUAUAUUCAAGACCUCGACUCCGCCCCUCAACUGGCCCAACCACACGCCGGAGGAGGAGAUAGCCUUGGGCCCCGCCUGCUGGCUGUGGGAUUACCUUCGGCGUUCGGGACAAGGUGGCUUCUUCUUGCCUUUGAGUGGCGGUGUGGACUCCAGCAGCUCCGCCACCAUAGUUCACUCCAUGUGCCGGCUGAUCGUCCAGGCUGUUCAGCUGGGCGACGCUCAGGUGCUGCACGACAUCCGCAAGAUCCUGGCCGACACGGACUACACGCCGGACAACGCUGCCGGGCUGUGCAACCGAUUGCUCGUCACCUGCUUCAUGGGCAGCGUCAACAGUAGCAAGGAGACUCGCCGACGAGCCGCCCAACUGGCCAACCAACUGGGCAGCUACCACAUCGAGAUCAGCAUCGACCUCGCCGUCAAUGCCUUGCUGGGCAUCUUUAAUGCCGUCACUGGCCUGACACCACGUUUCCGCACCCAGGGUGGCUGUGCCCGCCAGAAUCUGGCUCUCCAGAACAUCCAAUCCCGCAUCCGCAUGGUCCUGGCCUACAUCUUCGCCCAGCUGAUGUUGUGGGUCAGAAAUCGACCGGGUGGACUUCUCGUCCUAGGCUCUGCUAACGUGGACGAGUCCCUGCGGGGAUACCUCACCAAGUACGACUGCUCCUCGGCGGACAUUAAUCCUAUUGGCGGCAUCUCCAAGACGGACCUGCGAAGAUUUCUGGCCUACGCCAAAGAAAAGUUCAAUCUACCCGUUCUGGAACAGAUCAUCGAGGCCCCGCCCACCGCGGAGCUGGAACCGCUCCAGGAGAACGGAGAACUCCAGCAGACGGAUGAGCAGGACAUGGGAAUGACGUAUGCGGAGCUAUCGGAGUACGGAAGAUUGAGGAAACAAUCCUUCUGCGGGCCGUAUAGUAUGUUCUGCCGGCUGGUGGCCACCUGGAAGGGCGACCUUAGUCCCAAGGAGGUGGCCGAUAAGGUGAAGCACUUCUUUAGGUGCUACGCCAUCAAUAGGCACAAGAUGACCGUGCUGACGCCGUCGGUGCACGCCGAGGGAUACAGUCCGGACGACAAUCGGUUCGAUCACCGGCCCUUCCUCUACAGACCCAACUGGAGCUGGCAGUUCAAGGCUAUCGACGACGAGGUGGACAAACUGCAACCGAUCUACACACCUUCCUCGGCGCAGAUGCGGCCCAGCAGCGAGGAUCUCCUCAUCUCCACCCAAAGAUCCUCCCACCUGGACGACUCCAAGCACUCAUCGCCACUGUCCUCGGCCUCGGCAUCGGCCUCGAUAGACGUAGGCAUUUCAACGGCAGCGGUUCCGCUGCCUGGUGCUGCUGCUCCCGGAGGAUUGUCCAAGAAACCAAGUGGCUACUCGAAAGUUCAUGUGAAUGUCCUCGGAAAGAUCAAGGAUCGCACGGGAAUUCCCGUCUAGGAACAAUAUAUACUCGCAAAAGUUUAUACAAAAACGCACUGUUGGAAUUAUACAAGACACAUAUAUCAUAAUUAAUUUUUUUUUUUAGAUCUGCAGUUCAAUGCCUUUUGCUGCAAUGAUAGCACAAACAAAUUAUUGUAGCUUUUAGGAUAUAUAUAUCUUAAUGUAUAAAUUCUUCUAUCCACUGUUAUCUACUAUGUGCCUUCUAUUGCUCGUAACUUAAAUUAAUUUUGAAUGUUUUGUGGCCAUUUUAAAAUAUGUCAAAUCCAAAGAAACUGCUUAGUUUAUAGUCCUAGUAUUCGUAUUUGUUCCUCACUCUACAACUUUAUGAAACCUAAACGGAAUUGAUAAUUAACUUUGACUUGAACAUUUUUUUAAAAUGUACUCUUUUAAUGUUAGCCUAUGCCAAUCACUAAUAUGUAGCUUUAAAUAAUCGGGCACAUCAGCAAAAGGCAUUAUCCUGUACAUAUAUAUUCAAAUGAAAAGGAAGUGUAGGCCUAGAUGUAGCUCCUUCUCUAAAUCUAGAUUCUAGAUCCAUUUAAUAUGCAGUUACAGUCUUUUUCCAUUCGGCCUUAUCUUAAAAAAAAACACAAAAUUCUUUCCGUAAUUUUAGUAAAAUAAGUCGCACACCUUUUAAGGCUUGAUUUGGCCAAUAUUUUCCUUUAAAAAACAUACGAUUGUUGGUUGUAAAUAUUUAAUUUUGCUGGUUGUGUACAGUGAGUUGUCAAAUCUAUGAAAAACUACAAAAAAUUGUUAUCCUAUUGAAAUUUGUUUUCUAAUUCUUAACAAACAUUAUAUUUUAGGUCUUAUUUUUGUAAUGCAAUCGUUUUUUGUAAACUAUCUAGAUGUUUAAUUUAAACUAUCAGCAACUAUCUAAAUAGUAUGUUUUAAAAAAAACUUAAACUCAGAAACACCAUUUUUUUUAUCAGAAACAUAUAUAUAUGCUAUGUAGUAUUUUCACAUUCAGGAUGCAUGUCAAUUAGCAUUGGAAGAUAAAAUUUUUAAUAAUAUAUUUUCUACUAAAAAUUAAACAAAAAUUAUACAAAUUGUAAUAUCCUAUACCAAGAUAUAGUAUCUAGCUGUCAUGUAUCGUAACUACCAAAGUUGGCAUAAGUUUAGUUAGUUUUGAACUUAAAAACUAAGAUCAGUCGAUUCUUUCAUAUAGCUACUACUAUUUAACAUAAAAAUUAUAUAAAAGUUAUUGCUUUGGCUUUUACCAAAGCUACCUCUAUUUUUUUUCUAUAAGAUUGAAGUAGACUAAAGCACUCUGUGAAUUUUAUCACUUGGCAUUGCAUCGAUUUAUUGAAACACUGAUUGUACACCACUGUAGUCCUGAAAAAAUAUAUACAUCCGAAUUUUUUGUAGUUUCAAUAAA